UAUCAAGUGUUACAAACACUUCAGAGUUGAAACUCACUCUUGAAAACAUUCAUCAUCAGAGAGAGGGGGAGUGGUUUGGAGUUUGGAGGGAAGAGCAGCGAUUGGUUAGAAUGUUUUCCAGACUCUAGCCAAUAGGCGUCUGACACACUCUUAUAAAUACUGUUAACGGAAACACGACGAUACAUUGAUUCAUUGUAUAAUUUUUGUGUGUACCACAAAUCGAAAAUGAGCGGCAGAGGUAAAACCGGCGGUAAAGCGCGAGCAAAGGCUAAAACUCGUUCCUCUAGGGCAGGACUGCAGUUCCCCGUCGGUCGUGUUCACAGGCUGCUCCGCAAAGGAAACUACGCACAGCGCGUUGGUGCCGGUGCUCCUGUUUAUCUGGCCGCUGUGCUCGAGUAUCUCACCGCUGAAAUCCUGGAGUUGGCUGGAAACGCCGCUCGGGACAACAAGAAGACUCGUAUCAUUCCCCGUCACCUGCAGCUGGCAGUGCGGAACGACGAGGAGUUGAACAAACUCUUGGGUGGAGUGACCAUCGCUCAGGGUGGUGUGCUGCCCAACAUCCAGGCUGUGCUGCUGCCCAAGAAGACCGAGAAACCCGCCAAGAAGUAAACGGACUAAAGUCUGAUUCACUGAAACACAAAGGCUCUUUUAAGAGCCACCCAAUUUAACUAUAAGAGAGUGAUAUCGUACUGAAAUGUGAAACUCAAUGAAAUAAGAGAAACCUGGUAGUUUAAAAUGUGUUCGGUAACAUUACACAAAGAAUCAAGUCUAUUAUUUGUACAUCAGGUGACAACAAAUUAAAAACAUCGACAUCAAAAUACAGAUAGCAUGAAUGAAUAAUUAGGUGUGGGAUAAUUAUACAUGUGCACACAUGAAAUAUCACGUUUAUAUUUAAUAUCAGUUUAACAUGCAACAUACAGUAUAAUCUAAAAUACAGAUGAGAUGAACUGAACAAAAGAUCUUGAAGAAACUGUCGCCGCUUGUUUGAAAACACGAAGCCGCGCAGUCAUUGGUCAACUGUCACACAUAGACGUCACUAUCAGCCAAUCACAAGCCUCGGAACCCUCCCCCCACUGAACUCAUGG